AGGAUGACGAUAAACCAGAAGAUUUUGGCGAGUUUGAAACUAAAAGCAGCAAUAGACCAAUGCAUAACAGUGGCCGUUCCAAAAGUAGCCCGGAUAUCAAACGCACCGACGGUCAUGAAGCAAACUCUCUUCCUUCCAGUACUACCACCAUCCCAAAGAAGACGUGCCUUGAGAAAUCCUUGAAGGAUCUUUCUCGCCAGACUGUAGCACUCCAAAGGGUGCAAGUUCUUCUGGAAGAACAACUCACAAAAGCUGAAAAAGCAGUUAAAGCUGCUUUCUCGGAAGUCCAUAAAGUCUUGAAUGACCGUCAGGUUCUAGUAGAGGAGGAAUUGGAAAAAGUGAAAAAUGAUGCUCGUUUUGUAUUGGAGCAGCGGCAGAAGUUGGCUGCUGAGCUGAAGGAACGUAGUGAUACUGCACCCUCACUCUCUGAGCAGAGCUUGGCUGAACUGCGAGAUGACAUUAAGCAUUUUGUAGUCGAACGUAAAUAUGAUGAAGAGCUGAGCAAAACAGCAAGGUUUGUUUACACCAAAGAGAAGAUUGAAAAGGAAAUCAAGAAUUUUGGCCAAGUGGUUCAUGUGAGGGACCCAUAUACAUCUCGGAGACUGUCAUUGUCUUCAAUUGCAAGCUCCAACUUCCAUGAUUCUGGUUACCAUCAAUCAGUCACAUCCAGUCCAGUUUACAAGAGUCAGUAUUAUUCACAUGAUACCAUGAAAGAAGAGAACAGGGGAAGAAGGUUUGAGGGAGGUGGUGGCUAUAAUCGUGCCUCAGAUGGCCGUUCUCCGAAAGUGUACACCAAUAGCUAUCAUGGCAACAACACUGGCCAGUCACCUGGUGGCCCUCGUUCAGGCAACUACCCUCGUGGCGGCCGCGGUCGUCGUUCGGAUGACUCGCGCUAUGGAGGGCCAGACCGUGGCGGCAGCCGGGGUGGAUAUGGUGGUGGGGGCCGGCCCCGUCAUUACAACCAAGGUGGCACAGAUCGAGGCCGCCGCACUGGUGAGAUGGGCCGUCACACAGCCGACACAGGCCGCUAUACAGCUGUCACGGGCCGUCACACAGCUGGCGCGGGCCGCCACACAGCUGGUGCGGGCCGCCACACAGCUGGCUCGGGCCGCCACACAGCUGGCUCGGGCCCCCACACAGCUGACGCAGGCCGCCACACAGCUGACGCAGGCCGCCACACAGCAGACGCGGGCUGCCACACAGUCGAGGUGGGCCAACCGACUGUUGAAUUGGGCCGCCACUCGUGGGAUAUGGGCAACACUACUACUGAUGAUUGUUCAUGGGAUGACUUUGAUCACUUUUAG